AUUACGUUAUAUAAUCGUCACUGCACACUCGAGAUUAAAACCCUAGAUCGUUUCUCGCUGUGAACUGAGCGCCUCCACUUUCAGAUUGCAAAACCAAUCCAACAAUGACUUUCAAGAGAAGGAACGGCGGCCGCAACAAGCACGGCCGCGGCCACGUCAAUUUCAUCCGCUGCUCCAACUGUGGAAAAUGUUGCCCAAAGGACAAGGCAAUCAAGAGGUUUCUUGUGAGGAACAUAGUCGAGCAAGCAGCUGUGAGGGAUGUCCAGGAAGCGUGUGCUUUCGACACGUACACCCUCCCUAAGCUGUAUGUGAAGAUGCAGUACUGUGUUUCGUGUGCCAUUCACUCCAAAGUGGUGAGGGUUCGCUCUCGUACUGAUAGGAGGAACCGUGAGCCCCCGCAGCGUUUCAGGCGCCCAAGGGAUGAUGCACCAAAGCCAGGCCAGCCUCCACGUGUUGGUGGAGCACCCCCUGCUGCCCGCACUUAAUUCCUUUAUUCUCGAACAUUUUUAUUACCGGGAUUUCUCGUUAUGCAGUUUUAUCUACCAUGACCUUAUCCAUAUAUUAUCUUUGAUUUCGUUAAACUUACAAGUGCUCAAUCCUUUGCUUUAUGUUUCAAACCGUUCUUGAAUUCUGGAAAAUUAGUAUUUUUGUCCUAUUGGU